CGCGCCGAGCCGUUGCUCCGCCCUCGCCGCUGCCAUGGCGGCAGCUCCGCCGGUCUCCAAGGCUGAGUAUCUGAAGCGUUACUUGUCUGGGGCAGAUGCCGGCCUGGAAGGAGGUUCAGAGUCCGUUCGGAAGAGGCGCAAAAAACGACCGAAGCCGGGAGGCGCCGCUGGCAAGGGAAUGCGGAUUGUUGAUGAUGAUGUGGGCUGGGCAGCUAUCUCUACCACUAAGCCGGAAAAGGAGGAGGAAGAGGAUGGAGAUUUGCCUGUGGUGGCUGAGUUUGUGGAUGAACGUCCAGAAGAGGUGAAGCAGAUGGAGGCCUUCCGCUCCAGUGCCAAAUGGAAGCUCCUGGGAGACCACAGUGAAGAUGGACAUUUCCGUCAUGAUGAGCAAGAUCCAUCUUCUCCUAGGAGGGUUCGUCAUGACACCCCAGAUCCAUCUUCUAGGAGGGCCCGUCAUGACACCCCAGAUCCAUCUCCUCCCAGGAAGACCCGUCAUGAUACACCAGAUCCGUCUCCUCCUAGGAGGGUUCGUCAUGACACCCCGGAUCCAUCUCCUCCCAGGAGGGCCCGUCAUGAUACACCAGAUCCCUCUCCCCCAAGGAGAUCCCGUCAUGAUACCCCAGAUCCCUCUCCCCCAAGGAGAUCCCGUCAUGAUACCCCAGAUCCCUCUCCCCCAAGGAGAUCCCGUCAUGAUACCCCAGAUCCCUCUCCCCCAAGGAGAUCCCGCCAUGUCUCAGACACAUCUCCUCCCAGGAAGUCUCAUCGUAAUUCCUCAGGUGCAUCUUCUAGGAGAGGCCAUCCUUGUUCCUCGGGUGUCUCUCCCCCCAGAAGGGCCCAUAACCACUCCCCUGACACAGCUACACAUAGGAGGACUUUUGACACUUCAAACCCACAGCAUCUCAGGAGGGCCCGUCAUGACUCCCCUGAUUUGGAACUGUCCAGAACCAAAAGUAGUAAAGCUGCAGAAAGAUCCUCUAGCAAGGCUGUACACCAGAGGGGGCUGGGGCCCUCUCACCCAUCAUUCUCCAAGAACAGCAAGUACAGGCAGGACUCUGACCUUUCUCCACGGAAACGGCAAGCAAAGGCUCAUGUUGGAGCUAAGAAGCAGUUUGAUCCUAAAGGUGUCUGCCAAAAAGCCUCUGAUUCAGACCUUUCUCCUCCACGGCAAAAACAAAAUCCAGGACACCAGGAUUCUGACGCGGAUCUGUCACCGCCACGGAAUAGACAGAGACGUCGGAGCUCUGACUCUGACCUCUCUCCACCCCGGAGAAGACAGAGGACCAAAUCUUCUGAUUCUGAUCUCUCUCCUCCUCGAAGGAGUCCCCGUCCCGGGAAGAAGACUGCACGUAUGUAUUCUGGAGCAAAAACUGGGUUGGUGACUGAUGUUCAGCGGGAGCAGCAGGAUCUCAAGAAACAGGACCAAGACACCACAGCCUUUGGAGCUCAGUUUGAAUUUGCUGAAACGGUGUUUCGAGACAAGUCUGGUCGGAAGAGGAAUUUGAAGCUGGAACGCCUGGAGCAGAGGAGAAAAGCAGAGAAGGACUCAGAGCGAGAUGAGCUUUAUGCCCAGUGGGGCAAAGGGCUUGCCCAGAGCCGGCAGCAGCAGCAGAAUGUAGAGGAUGCAAUGAAGGAGAUGCAGAAGCCUCUGGCCCGCUAUAUCGAUGAUGAAGAUCUGGAUCGGAUGCUGAGAGAACAAGAGAGAGAGGGGGACCCGAUGGCCAACUUCAUUAAGAAGAAUAAGGCUAAGGAGAACAAGCACAAGAAAGUGAGGCCUCGCUAUAAUGGUCCUGCACCUCCUCCCAAUAGAUUCAAUAUCUGGCCUGGAUACCGCUGGGAUGGAGUGGACAGAUCCAAUGGCUUUGAACAGAAGCGCUUUGCCAGGCUUGCCAGCAAGAAGGCUGUGGAGGAGCUUGCCUACAAGUGGAGUGUGGAGGACAUGUAGCUUCUCCGCAGCUGUGUGGUGCUGUGUUGGUGGUGACACAGGACAGCCUGACAUCCAGCUCUAAUGCUUGUCUUGCUAGACACAAACCAGCAACUUGCGGUCAGUUCUGACCUUUGGACUAGGCACCUACCCUUGGCUGUGUCCGUGCUGUCUGACUGGCUUUGGCAGGACACAGUGACUUCUCUAUCCCAGAGCUUGUUCUUAGCCAGUGCUUUUCUUCUUAUUUUUAAAAAUAAAUACAUAUUUAUUUUUUUUUGUAA